CGGCAUGGCGGUCUUCCAGCUGCUCGCGCUCGCGGGUUUCCUGGCAUGUGCCCGGGGCUCGGGCUACGGGGGAGGAGGCUUUCCGCCCCCCAUGGCCUCCUACGGCGCCCCCGUGGCCCCCUUGGUGCCCCAGCCCCAGGCGUACCCCAUCUACGAAUACGACUAUGACUACGACUACUACGACGACAGUUUCGGCGGGUUCUUCAAGGGCCUGUCAAAGGGCAUGUCGUCCCUCAUCGGCGGGGGCAAGGGCGGGGGCAAGGGCGGGGGAGGCGGCGUGAAGAAGCCCCCCAAGAUCGUGCAGAUCCCCGUGCCCCAACACGUGCCCCCGCCGCCCAAGCCGCAGGUCGUGCACGUGAAGGUGCCCAAGUGCGAGCCCGAGGUCCAGUACGUCACCAAAUACGUGAACGAGAAGGUCCCGGUCCCGGUCGCCCACACCGAGUUCGUGGACCGCGUGGUGCCCACCGUGGUGUACCAGACGCAGCACCAGAAGAUCAAGGAGACGGAGUUCGUGACCCACGUCCUCACGCAGCUUGUCACUUCCACCUACACCAAGUCCAUCGUGGUUCCGAGGAAGUCCUAUAUUACGCAGACAUACACGAGCGUCGUGACCAGAAAUGUCAUACAGAGGACAACUGAGGUCAGCUACACGCCCGUGGUGCAGACGCAACAGCUCACGGUGACGCAGACGGCCGUGAGGGUCGAGCAGGUCCCCGAUAUUCGCUACACGACCGUCGAGCGUACGAGGCCUAUUAUCAGCACUGCUUACGUCACGGAGACGAAGCUCCAGCUGCAGCCGUCCGUCGUCUUCAAGACGCAGUACGAGACGCAGACGCGGGUGUCGACGCAGUACGUUCCACACGUCUCGACGGUGUACGGGCCGCCGCAGACGCUGACGACGACGGAGUACCGGCACGUGACAUCGUCGAUUUACGCUCCCGCACCCGCGGGAGGAGGAUCGGGCCCCGUGACCAUCACGCAGCAGCUCAAGGAGUACGUCCCGACAGUCAAGACGCAGUACGUGACGUCGACCGUGGUUAAGAAGGAGUACGUCACCGUGACGCCCAAGUGUCCUUCGGGAGGCGGAUACGGCUACAGCCCGCCGCUGCAGCUCGGGUCCUACUCAGAGCACGAGGAGCACAAGGUGGAUCCUGCGGCGGUGGCGGCCGUGGCGGCACCUCAGGUGGCUGCAGCAGUGGCGGCGCCGCUGCAGCAGGCCGUGGCCGUGGCCUACCACCAGGAAGGCCACGGCGUGAGUCCGGCGUCGUUCGGAGUGCCCUUCCAAGGCAUCGGCGCAGUAGGGGGAGGCCACGUGACUCAGGUCUCCGGGAAAACUUUCAAUCUCAGGUAAUUCUGCGGCGCGUGUCAGUUUCCCUUCCGAAUGAGGAGGAGACGGAGAGAACAAAAGGAACAGGUGAAAAGGACAAGAGACGAUGAUGGGGCUGGAUCUUAGGUCUGACGGACCGAGAGAAAUAACAGCGAAUAAGGAAGCAUUCCUUACGCCUCACGCGGAAGGGAAUCCACGCAAGUGCUGUGCCACGUGUAUAUAUUGUUUAUGUUUUGUAUUUCCUCUACAUCUAGUCUCCGUGAUUUAAAAAAACUUUUGGUUUAUUCUAUUUUCCCUAUUUUUGAAAAAUAUAUAAAAUACUAUGCCUCAAUAGCAGUAGACACAGGUCAGCGUUAUUGCUACCUUUCAGUUAUAGUUUCGAAAUUCAAAAGUUUCAUUGCCAACGUUCUCUGGAUAGAAGUAGUGGACGUAAGCAUUUCUUCGUUAGUUCCAUUUCCUCUCUAAAUCAGGGUGACAAAUCAAAUGUCAAACAUUUUAUGGCGCAAAAACGAAAAAUAAAACUUGCCUUAUUCUGAUAAUUUGAGCUUUGAGUUAUCAGUGCAAUUAUGUGUCUCUCUAUUGAAACAGUUUCUUGCAGGGCAAAAAACUGUUCUUCUUUGACAUGUGUUCAUACAUAUUUUUGAUUACAUUUUAUCAAUAAAAGUUUGAAAUGCUC